GUUUCCUUGCAGUAACGAGAAGGACCGGGCGAAAGCCCCCGUGAAGAAGAAGGAGGACCCGAGUGCCAUCAAGGAGCGGGAGGUCCCCCAGCACCCCUCUUGUUUGUUCUUCCAGUAUAAUACACAGUUGGGCCCUCCUUAUCACAUCCUGGUUGACACUAACUUCAUCAACUUCUCCAUUAAGGCCAAGCUGGACCUAGUGCAGUCAAUGAUGGACUGUCUCUAUGCUAAGUGUAUUCCAUGUAUCACAGAUUGUGUAAUGGGUGAAAUCGAGAAGUUAGGACAGAAGUACCGUGUGGCGUUAAGAAUCGCCAAGGACCCUCGGUUUGAACGCUUGCCAUGUAUGCACAAAGGAACCUACGCAGAUGACUGCUUGGUACAGAGGGUCACUCAGCACAAAUGUUACAUCGUGGCCACAGUGGAUAAGGAACUCAAGCGGAGAAUACGAAAAAUCCCAGGAGUGCCUAUAAUGUAUAUUUCCAGGCACAGAUACAAUAUUGAGAGAAUGCCAGAUGAUUAUGGAGCUCCUCGAUUCUAACCUGUCCAGCCAGGCCAUCGAUGCCAGGACUCCGAGCCAGGAUGAGAGUCCUUCUGGUUCCAACCCUCCUGCUUUCUUUUUUGCUGAGACUCUGCUCAUAGGACUGUGGGUGACAUUGGACUGACUUCAUAGCCUUGAUCUUCUAAGAAGCAGCUACUUAGAAGAAUCUGUUUUUAUUGAUCUUUGUUCUGACUUGGCCUGAUUACCUAUAGCUGGGAGAAGC